CGCAGGCGCUGCCCGCGAGCGUGGGGCGUCCUGAGGCUGCAGGCUGCCGGCGCUUAGGAGCGUGGGGGUUUGCGGCCUUCGUUCAGCCGGCCCCGGUCGCGCACUACCUGAGGCAGCGAGGCGCAUCUGUCCCAGCCUCCCCGCGCCUGGACAGUGUGGCCAUGGAGAAUCAGGUGCUGACGCCUCACGUCUACUGGGCUCAGCGUCACCGCGAGCUGUACCUGCGCGUGGAGCUCAGCGAUGUGCAGAAUCCUGCCAUCAGCAUCACUGAAAAUGUGCUGCAUUUCAAAGCUCAGGGACAUGGUGCCAAAGGAGACAAUGUCUAUGAAUUUCAUCUGGAGUUCUUAGAUCUUGUGAAGCCAGAGCCGGUUUACAAACUGACCCAGAGGCAGGUAAACAUUACAGUACAGAAGAAGGUGAGUCAAUGGUGGGAGAGACUUACCAAGCAGGAAAAGCGUCCACUGUUUUUGGCCCCUGACUUUGAUCGCUGGCUGGAUGAGUCUGAUGCGGAAAUGGAGCUCAGAGCCAAGGAAGAAGAACGCCUAAAUAAACUCAGAAUUGAAAACCAAGGCUCCCCUGAAACUCUUACAAGUCUGAAGAAAGGAUAUCUGUUCAUGUAUAAUCUGGUGCAGUUCUUGGGAUUCUCUUGGAUGUUUGUCAACAUGACAGUGCGGUUCUUUAUCCUGGGAAAAGAAUCCUUCUAUGACACAUUCCACACCAUGGCUGACAUGAUGUAUUUCUGCCAGAUGCUGUCAGUGGUAGAAACUAUCAAUGCAGCAAUUGGAGUCACUAAGUCACCAGUGGUACCUUCUCUUAUUCAGCUUCUUGGAAGAAAUUUCAUUUUGUUUAUCAUCUUUGGCACCAUGGAAGAAAUGCAAAACAAAGCCGUAGUCUUCUUUGUGUUUUACCUGUGGAGCACAAUUGAAAUUUUCAGGUACCCCUUCUAUAUGCUUUGUUGCAUUGACAUGGAUUGGAAGGUGCUCACAUGGCUUCGUUACACCGUAUGGAUUCCUAUCUAUCCUCUGGGAUGUUUGGCAGAAGCUGUCUCUGUGAUCCAGUCCAUUCCAGUAUUCAAUGAAACAGGAAGAUUCAGUUUUACAUUGCCAUAUCCAGUAAAAAUCAAAGUUAGAUUUUCCUUUUUUCUUCAGAUUUAUCUUAUAAUGUUAUUUUUAGGGUUAUACAUAAAUUUCCGUCAUCUUUAUAAACAGCGCAGGCGGCGCUAUGGACAAAAAAAGAAAAAGAUCCAGUAAGAAGAGAUUUAGAUGACUUCUUGCCAGUUUGAGCCUAAUCUAUAAUUCUUACAGUUUUACCUUCUUGUACUGAUGUAUGUUUUUUUAAUGUUAAAUGGUCAAAUUCUCAGCGAGGCUAUCUUCCCUUUCCCCCCAAUGACAUUCCUGAACUUACUGUAUUAUCUUAGUGUAGUCUUGCAUGAUUGCAAUGGAUUCCUAAUAUCUGAUGGCAGAUUCAUUCUUGUGUAUUCCAUUAGUGACAGUAAAAGCCCUUCCCAACCCACUCCCUGUCUAGUCGGUCUGUUUCACCGGUGUCCUGACCUUACCAGGUACAGGCCAUUCUUAUAGUUGGGAUUUGUUCUUCUCAGCUAUUACUUGUGAAAGAAAGCAAAAUGAUGUUCUGUAGAAGGCUGUGAAAGUGACUCAGGCAGGGCCUAACACAUUCUGUAUCCAAGGGAGUAUUGGUAAGUGGGGUGGCAUUGACGUUUUGAAAAUCAGGUUAGAUUCAGUCAUUAAUUAAAUGGUUGAAUCCUCGUGGGGCUAGAGAACAAGUCUGACAUCUCUUGACCUCUUUAACAUCUGUUACUACAGGGCUUACCUGAGUAGGCACUUGGAGAGGCACAGAAUGAUUUGAGAGAAACCAGUCAGAACAUUGGAACACCAUGAUUACUUACAUCAUUCCUAGCUAAAUCAGAACUAUUUUCAACACUCAAGCAAGAUGAAACAUUUCUUAGAAAACAAUGAGAUUUUAAGAGUUCCAAACCCAAAUGACUGUAGGGGGUCAGUAAAACAGCUGCUGGCUGAAGCAAACUGGAAACAGGCCAGACCAAACACACCUUCGGAAAAAACUAUAGACAUUGUGAAGUUUGGCCACUGUGAAAAACAUGUUUCCUCUAAUGCAUUCCGUAAAAUAAGUGUUAGAAGUAACGCUUGUAUUAAAGAAUCUAAGGUAUUAUAGCUUUUUCUUGUUGUGCCAUUCCCAUUGUUCUUGGGGAAAGGAGAUACAAUGAGUUAUGCUGUUUCUCUGAGCUUAAGAUGGAAAUUGGCUUGACCUGAAAACAGCUGAUUAGCAUAGGCUGGCUGAUUAUUUUCUAAGUUCAUUGCACUGAAGGAUACUUUGCAUGUUGUAUCUUCUGUCAGUUCCUGUUUAUAAUAACUUCUGAUGUUCUUUCAGCUUACUUUCUAUGUGUAACUGGGCAGAGCAGCUUUGCAGUAGAUAUACUGCAUCUUUGUGGCAGAAUCUUGUGUUCUUAGUGAUUGUUAUAAACCUGUUCACUGCUAUUUGAAAAAGGAAGAUUGUGUAUUUCUAUUAAACAUUUACAAUCAAAAUA